AAGCUAUAGGUGACAGCAUUUUUGAUAAAUAUUUGAAAAGAAAAAAGCUUGACCCGCUAGAGGCUUAUGUACCUGCAGUUAUAUUGACCGAGUUCCAGAUUAAAGAAUUAGGAGAAUCUCUAGAAGUUGAUCAGCCCAAAUAUGCUGACUGCCGUAAUCUUUUGCGUUAUGGCCCUGCAGCAUCUUUUCGUGUUAAUAUCAGAGCAGUAGCACAAUAUGCAUCUGACAGUGGCAAUGGCAAAACUGCUUUCAGUAAAGUUGAUCAAUGUCUCAGAGCCUUGGAAGAACUUGAUUCUUUACUUCUCCGUGCGUCAAGAAAUGAUCAAGGAGCCUCAAUUGAAUCAAUGAAAGCAAACAUCGGUAUUGCUCUUGAUGCGGUGGACAGCCUCCUAAAUACUGUGCCUUCUGAUGUGCUCGACAAGGGGAAGGCAAUAGCUGAUGAGUACAGGACCCCAGAAGCUGUAGCACCCGAGAACUUGGACCCAGAGCUGAAGCAGUUGGAAUCAUUAUUAUGA